UGUGUAAACAAGUAAAACGAGAUGGACGAGGAAGCUCUGCAGUGAGCCCACAGCCCUGCAUCCCCUCCACUUGCAGCCUAAGCCCUUCAAAAGCCCGGGAGUGGGGAGGCAGGUGGGGCACGACGCCGUCCCAGCCCCCCGACACCUCCCAAGUCCUGGGUGGAAACCCCAAGUGCAGGAUAGCAUUGCAGAUGCCGGGCACAGCAAGGCAUGACCGAGAGAUGGCAAUCCAGGCCAAAAGAAACCUGUCCAAAACCACCGACCCGGUAGAAAGACUUCGCCUGCAGUGUUUAGCAAGGGGAUCUGCAGGCAUCAAAGGACUGGGCAGAGUAUUUCGGAUUAUGGAUGAUGACAACAGCAGGACCCUUGAUUUCAAAGAGUUUGUGAAAGGAUUAAAUGAUUAUGCUAUGAUGAUAGACAAGGAAGAAGCACAAGAGAUUUUCCGGAUAUUUGAUAAAGAUGGCAGUGGAACAAUUGAUUUUGAAGAAUUUCUUGUUACACUGAGACCUCCCAUGUCAAAUGCAAGAAAAGAGAUCAUCAUGCAGGCAUUUAGGAAGUUAGACAAGACUGGAGAUGGUGUCAUAACAAUUGAAGACUUACGGGGAGUGUAUAAUGCAAAGCAUCAUCCCAAAUACCAGAACGGAGACUGGACAGAAGAUCAAGUUUUUAGGGCCUUUCUGGAUAAUUUUGAUUCACCCUAUGACAAAGAUGGGAAGGUCACAACAGAAGAAUUCAUGAACUACUAUGCAGGAGUCAGCGCUUCAAUAGACACAGAUGUCUAUUUUAUCAUCAUGAUGAAGAACGCUUGGAAACUUUGAUCAUAUGAUUAAAGGAGCAAGACUUUACUUCCACUUUUUGUAGGUUCCCAUGAUUAAGUGCAUACACAACAACACACUCAUUUACAGCUUCCAGUAACUGUGCCAAUUACAGUCAAUCUGCAGAAAUAAUUCCCAGAUGCUUCGGUAGGCUCAGCCUCGGGGGAUCGGAGCAUAAUCAGAGAGUGUAUCUGGCAUCCUGCCACUCAUCAGAUCUGUCCCUUUUCUCCCUGCAUCCCUGACAAGUCUUUUCUUUUCUGAGAUGAGCUGCUCCUUUCUUCUCAGACAUCUGCAGUAGGUCCCUGUGGGUCCUGAACACAUCCCCUCCUCCAGCGUUACGUACAGCUCUCUUAGAGGAUGCAAGAGGAGGAAACCAAAAUAUUCUGGAAGGGUGGUGGUCUGGGGUAGACUGUUACAAACAUGAGGAAGCCUGUCCCAGGUGGGUCACAUAGCCGUCUCGCCUGUAGCACUGCAGCAUCUCUUGGCUUCUUGGGUCUCACCUGUGGGAUGGAGCAACAGCUCAGGUCACUGCUGGGAACGUGUGAGUUCCCUGUGCCAGGAGGCUGGAGGGAGAAACAAAUCUAGAAGGAAGACAUGGACCAGAAUAAAUGCAAAAUGCCCUUUAAAGCCCUGCUUUCUCCCCAGCUUACAAUUCAGAAUACAGGCAUCUUUCCUGUGCAUGCCUUGUUUCAAACCUCUGUGGGCCUGCUUAUGGCUUUUUUCCCCUCUUUGAUUUCUGUCUUUUUGUACUGUGAAAUCUUCUCACUAAUAUUUUUCUUUAAAGGGCAUACAUGUGUUACAGUAUUUUCUUCUCACUGUUCCUGGAACAUUUACUGGUCUGGUAGCUGUUGGCUGUACACACCUACGCCGAAAGUUGCUUAGUACUUUUUGUAUUUAUACUGGUUUCUGACCAAGCUAUGACUUCAGGGAACUUUCUGGGAACUCAAGAACUUGUAACUUUCUUGUCUUGUCAUCAUCUGUUUCUGAUGCUGAAAAAAGGAUGGGAACCUGCCCUCCUGGUCACACCAAUGGGCCUGUCUCAGUUCUGAGGUCUGUCCUUUCCCCAUACAGAGAAUGGGGAAAUAGGGCACAAAGGAAACUGUAAAAAAAAAAAAAAGAAAAAAGAAAAAAGGAGGGGUAUGCUGUCUAAUUAUUCUUGCCUUGAUUCCUUUUCCUUUUGUCUUCUUCUUUCUGCUUCUCUCACAUCAUUGUGCUGCUCUCCCAUACUGAGAUGCUGCUGCUGUAGCAAAGAGUAAAUGGCUGUGUGUGGCAGCAUUUGCUCCAUUUCAGGCUGGCAGGCAGCUAAAAGCGGUAUAGGCUUAUAGACUGGAUUUUUCAAAAGAGCUUGACUGAUGAAAUCUCAACUCUUGCUUAGCCUGGGCUGCUAACAGUUCAAACACUGAAGUCCUGAGUGCUUGCUGCCCUGGUCCUGUGCAAACUCUGCUUUCGUUUUGUCAAGCCAUGAUCUCAGUACGAGCAAUAGAUUCUUGCAAUUCCUUAGUAAAAGCUCACUAAGUGCAAACUCAAUUAUUUUCUUUGUUCUGUAAGCCUCCAGAAACUUACAUACUGGCUGACACUGGAAACUGGUGGAAAGAGUCUCUUUAUGAUUGCCAUCGAUCUAAGAGGAACCUUUACUUACUGCAAUGCUACUGAAGUGCCAACGUACCUUAUAUGAAAAAUAAACUUACUACCAAAUGCAGGUUGUACAUGUCCUGGCAGCCUGAAUAUAGUCCAUUUCUUUCUCAUUUAUUAAUUGGCUGUACAACAGGAUGUCAUGUUAUCUGUCUUCUGUGUUUCAAAUAAAAAUAA